GCUGUGUUCGCGCGGGGACGUCUGUUGUGGACCAUGGAUAGAAAGGCCCCGCGAUUCUCUCCGCGAAACAUGCAUGACAUACAGACAUAGGCCUUUAAAGUGAUCGAAACGGGUUUCCACUUAUUGCAGGGCCACAACAUAUAGAUCGAUUCUACAGUUUCCUUAUUAAGUGAGGUACAAAGAUAAUUGUAUUGUUGUUCCUAGCAAGUUAGCUAACACAUUUCCAGCUAACGUUACAGUGCAACCAGGGGCGCGCGUCAGCAUCCUUGGCUCAUUUCAGUAAAAGUGGAUUUGGAUAAAUGCAUUCAAUGAACGUUCUCUUACAAUCAAGACACUUCUUAAUGGUCGUUAUACUUUGUUGAGCCGUACGAGUCGGUCACCUGCACUGUAAACAUGGCGGAUUCCGACAAAGAUGAGAAUGGAGACUUUGUAGCACAAGCAUUUACCGAAAACUCACCGCCAUCACCGGUCUCUGCAGGUGAGGAUGUGCACAUGGCGUCAGACGACGGGGAGGGUGACGGAGAGACGGCCGGACCCUCCGCCCUCGCAGAGUGGAGCGAGGAGGAGAGGACGCAGGGUGCGAGCGGAGGCAUGGCGGGGGAGGAUGGGGAUGAACUGGACGGGGUCCCCGUGUUCGGGGUGGACCAGGACCCCUGGGACUUGGACGCGCCGUCGCUGGGCGAGCCGUACCCCGACACCUCCAAUACAGGGUCCGACUCGCGGAUGAUUGGGCUGGGAGAAGAGCCGGAGCAGCCAGAGCAGCGCGGGCUGGACGAGGGGUCCGAAGUGGACAGCCACACAGAGCAAGGAGCACCCGUCGUAGGGGAAGAUGGAGGUUUGAGUCACCACACAGGACUGUCCCCCAUGGCCGGCGAUGAGGGCAAGUUCGGGCACACAGAGGCGGCCGGCCUAGAGGCGAGGACGGAGGCAGAUGAGAUGCGCUCCUCUCCUACACCCACACUCCCAGCUGAGCCAACUCCAGAAGAAGACCAGCACCAGUCAGAAAGCCCAGAGGCACUCUCCCAAACAGAGAACGCAGCUCUUGUCCAGCCUUCCUCUCCGCGGCCCUCCACCAGUGCCAUGGAGCCUUUGGGCGUCGGGGAGCCGGAGUCGGGGCUGCUCCCCAGCCUGCCCCUGCUCAGCAUCAAGGACGAGCCCAUCGACGAGGGCUACAACACCGCGCUGCAGCCCCAGGCCUCCGCCAGCCGCAUCAAGGAGGAGCUGGACCAGCUCGAGGAAUUUGGGUCGUCUUGCAGCACAGAGCAGCUUCGCAUCAGUGCUGUGUUCUCUGUGAGUGGAAGUUCCAACAACUCUGCUGCUCCCGUUCCAUUGCCCCAGCCCUCGAUGUUGGCACCCCCUCGGACGGCCCCAGCACCUGCCCCUGCCCCUGCGCCUGCGCCUGCGCCCCCACCGAUUCCUCCGCUCCAACCCACCGCCCUGAUGAUCCGCUGCUCCGGCUGCUCCAAGGUGCUGCAGAGGGGUCAGACGGCCUUCCAGCGCAAAGGCUCCAACCAGCUCUUCUGCUCCACGCCGUGCCUCACGGGAGCCUCACUGCCCCCCGUUGCGCAUCCUGUCGCACCCCCUGUCCCCCCGCCGCCCAUCAACCUGCCACCUGUCCAAUAUGCUGUGCCCUCUCCCCCUGGUCAGCCCACACGGAAGAAGUUCUGCUGCAACUGUCACAAGGAAAUAAUGAAUUUGAAGGACCUGAUUAAAGCACCGGUAGGACACUUCAUGAGGGACUUCUGCAGCCAGACAUGUAUGGAGAGUCAGAAACUGAAAGUACCCUUGACGCCUUACAAGACCAACCCCAAAUACGCUGAUGUUGAAAUCACCAAGUGCAGCAAUUGCCAGAAGAUGGCCAUCGUCGAGCACGAGGUGAACCAUUUAGGCACCAUACACAAGCUGUGCAGCGACCACUGCUUUGCGCGGUUCCGAAUCAUACACCACUUGAAGGUGAACAUGUGCGAGUCCUGUGGGAAUCACUGUUCCAGGUCCACGGGGACCCUGUGUCUGCUGCAGGCCGACGACCUGCUCAAGAAGUUCUGCAGCUCCGACUGUAUCUUCACCUACAGACAGAAAUGCAGGCAGGCAUUCGUGUGCGCGCGCUGUCACACCCAGAAGCAUGCCCCGCUGAUGCUGGAGGGCGUCAACCAGCAUGGCAUCACGGAACUCUUCUGCUCCAACAAGUGCCGCGUCACCAGUCGCGUACCCAACAACCUAGCAGAUGCCCAGUUCCCGUGCACGCAGUGUCAAACGGUCAGAGUUCCGCAGUACCACCUGGCCACUGGAGAUGGCGCCAUAAGGAACUUCUGCUGUAUCCAGUGUGUUAAUGCGUACCAGGAGAAAACCAACACUUCCACGCCACUGAGCCAGGCGAACAGUAGCACCAGUGUGCCCAUGACGACCACGGCACAGCAAGGGCAGCCUUACCCCCAGCAGCACAUGCCCAUCCCUCCACAGCGUGUCCCGCACCUGACACAGAUGCUCAACCCCAUGCCCAACCCCAUGCCCCCCAUGCCUCUCUAUAGCCAUGGCCCACAGCACCAGGUGCCCGGCUCCACCCCCAGCGCACCACCACACUACAUUCCGGCCCCAGGCGUGGCACAGCCCAGGGAAUUCCUGCAGCAGCCGCAUCCUAAUCAACAACAACAACAACAACUACUGCAACAACAACAACAACAACAACAGCAACGCCAGCCUCAUCACCAGUCAUCAUCCUCGGUCACCACUUACCCGCUCCCCAGGAUCUACUGCAAACAGUGUAGUCAGGGCUUCAAUGCCAAACCACAGAUCCUUCAGCACAAGGGCCAAGUGUGGCUGUUCUGUGGGAAGACGUGCUGUGAGCUGUUUAAGCGCCACAACGAGAUCACAGUCCAGUGUGACUACUGCAAGCUGGAUAAGGUGCUGAAGGACAUCAGUCUGACAUAUGAGAAGAAGCCGCACAGCUUCUGCAGCGAAGGCUGCAAGCUGCUGUUCAAGCACGACCUGUCCAAACGCCUGGGCCAGCAUUGCAGCAUGUGCACCUUCUGCUCCAACAUGACCCCCCAGACCAUCCCCAGCUACUUUGGGGGCAAGGUGGAGGAGUUCUGCAGCAAGGACUGCAUGUCCGCCUACACCGUGCUCUUCUACGAGAUGGGAAAGUGCGAGGCCUGCAAGAAGCAGGGUCGUCUGACAGAGAACUUGAAGUGGAAGGACGGCAUCAAACACUUCUGCAACCAGCUCUGCUUUGUCAACUUCUGCCUGCAAGCCAGCCAGCAGAACCAGCGGCUCACCAACGGCACCGGAACCGCCACUGGACCCCGGCCUGCAGGCCCUGUCUCUGCUCCUGCUCAGCCAUCCGUGUCCAAGGAGACAGCGGUGAUUGGCAGCGUGGUGUCUCUGGCAUCCACCCCCAGUGGCCAGCCCGGUGACUCAGCCCACACGGCUCUCACAGGAGCACUGCCCACCUCAAAUGGCCAUUCAAAGAUCAUCGGUGACGCGAGCACUCAGACAGACGCCAUGAAGCUGCCGUCGCCCCCUCCCCGCAUGCUCAAGAACAAAGCGCUCAUGUGCAAGCCCAUCAUCCAGGAGCAGGGGGUGCAGUGCACGCUGGAGCCGCCCGCCUCGGACCGGCACACCGACGCCGCGGACGACCUACACACUCUACUCAGCCUGACUCAUAAAGCGGAAGACCAGGAGGAUGAGAAGGAGGGCAAAGGGGAGAAGGUGCGGCUGGUGCCAUUCCCCGUCCCUGUGAUGGUGCCCGUCUAUAUCCCGGUGCCCAUGCACCUGUACACCCAGUACACGCCUGUGCCCAUGGGCGUGCCCAUACCGGUGCCUGUGCCCUUCAUGGUGCCCUCCAGGCCAGAUGGCACAGGGCAGGAGACGCCAGAGGGAGGGAGGACUCCCAGCAGCCCAGCGGAGGAGGAGGAGGAGGAGGAUAAGGAGAAGGACAAGCCAACGUCAAUGGGAGACCAGGGCAGCACGUACAGCGGGGAUCUAGAGUCCGAGGCCGUGUCCACCCCCCUCAGCCUGGAGGACGACCCAGCAUCCCUCCUCUCCACCGGGGCCCCCAACACAGACGGAGCCCAGGAUCAGGCUCAUCCCAGUGGGGGCGACACCCGCAACCCUGGUGCUUCUGUGGAGCAGAAGAUGGCCCUGAAACACCGGGGCCUGAAGAGACCGCGGGAGGGCGCCACCUUCAGGAAACGGAGUCGUAAGCGCGGGGUGUCACCCCUGGGUGGUGCAGGGGCGGCCUCCGGAGGCUCUCGACUGAACCACACCUACGGGGUUCAGGCCUGGCUAAACUGGGUGCAGUGGAGGAACAAGCAGCUCAACUCGGCCAGCGCCCUGGGCAAACCCAGCGGUGCGAGGGCGAUGGUGGUGAAGGAGGACGUGCUGCAGUGUAGCUCGGCGGAGCUUAGUUACGGCUUGUGCCGCUUCAUCAGCGAGGUGCGGCGGCCUGAUGGGCAGCCCUACGCCGCAGACAGCAUCUACUGCCUCUGCCUGGGCAUCCAGCAGUAUCUGUUUGAGAAUGGGAGGAUCGAGAACAUCUUCAUCGACACCCUCUACAAUAAAUUCACCACGGAUAUCACCAAGAUGCUGAAGAACUGGGGCCACACGGUUGAGCCGCAUGAGCUGCUGCAGUCUCGUGUGGUGGAGGAGUACCUGUGGCAGUGUAAGCAGCUGGGGGCCUACUCCCCCAUGGUCCUGCUCAGCACGCUGCUCUUCUUCGCCACCAAGCUGUUCCGCUUCACCACGCUGGCGCACCACCGCCGCCUGGCCUUCGCCCACGUCUCCCGCCACACGCGCCUCACGCCCGCCGGCAAGACGGCUUACCUGCGCUUCAGAAUCCCUGGCCUGGAGCCCGACGCCACAGUGCUUGCCUUACCCGCGAAACGAAAGCUGGAGGACGAUGAUGACAGCCGGGAGAACGAUCUAGAAAUGCCAGAGAACAAAGAUAACCCACUCCGCUGUCCAGUGCGGCUCUACGAGUUCUACCUUUCCAAAUGUUUGGAGUCUGUGAAGAAGCGUGCGGACUUGUUCUACCUCCAGCCAGAGCGCGUGUGCGACCCCAACAGCCAGCUGUGGUACUCGGAGCAGCCUCUGGAGAACACCGUGCUGGAGAACCUUCUGACGCGGAUUCAGGCCGUGCGGCAGGUGUAUACCGGGGACACGGAGGACCAGAACAAGGCCACGUCCACUGAUGAGAGCUCCUAACGGAAAACGCCAUGCUUCAAGAAACGGAAUAGAACCUUUUUUAUGUUUUUAGGAUACUAAGUUGGAACUGUGUCUGUCUAACUUUUGGAGGCGUGAUUGGUUUUAAGGGUAUUUUUGAGGGGGAGAAAAAAAAUCUAGUGUUGCCCAAGCCGUUGAAAAAGGACUAAGGACAUCAAAUCAUUUAAGCUGUAUGUGUGAAAACAUUUAAACUGUAUGUGUCCUUUUGACUAUUGUUACUGUUUUCGUUGACUCCUCGUUUCUCCCUCUUUGUUAGAGUGAUUCUUUUUUUUUUUUUAUCUUUAAAGCUGUUUACACAUUUAUAAUAUGGAGGCCCACUCAGAGCUGCAUCAUGUUGGACAGUUAUGUGAAAUGAAUAUUGAUCUCACAUUGACACUUGAAAGUAAUCAGUGUUCUCUUCGGUCAAAGGCUGAAAUGACCUGGUCAGAAAAGACUGAAGAAGGGGUCAUGGACACAAGGGGAACGAUUUCCUAACUCACAAAGACUCGGCAUCCUCCGUUAUAAAGGACAUGCUGAUAAGCUGCUUUAAGGCACAUUCAACAUUCAGACCCGGGUCAGGGACCUCCGCUGAUGCAUGUUUGAAUCGUCACUGUUACCUGCCCACCAAUGUAUGUGAAUCAUGACUCUCAUGAUGACCAUAGUCUGCUGUUCGCUACUGAAACUAAACUCUCAACUAAUUCAAAAUGGUUUGGUUGGAUGGUAGAAUUCAUAUUUGUAUAACCAAUAAUGCAGUUUAUUGUAUAUUAAGUUUUGCACCAUGUUGUAAAAAAACAAAACAGUUGGUGGCCAAAUCAGAAUUACUGAAUCACUCACCAAGUUUACUCACCAGAGUUCAGGUAUGCUGUUGUCUAUCUUCCGAGAGUGUUGGGGGAUGACGGUGUUCCGUUAACCCAAAAGAAAAUGGUGGAAUGUGCCUUGAAUAGUACCCCAGUAGCAGGUCUCUGUGAUCACCUACCUCCAGUUUCACCCUGAGGUCUGAGGGCACACCCUUCUUUCCAGUGCAGUCAAGACGAACUUCCUCUUAGGAGUUCUGGAGCACCUCAACAUAAUCUCUCAUGCUGAAGAGAAUAAAAGCAUUUUUUUAUUUAA